CUAUUCUGCGCAUAUUUUGUUUGCCAGUAGUUUUAAAUAAAAUAGCACAAAUAAUUAAUAAAACCGACUUAUAUCAGCUGCAAAAAAUUAGGAAAAUAGUGUUUAUUAGAAGGCCCCCAUAGAAUUGCAAAUAAAAAAGUGAAGUUAAAGUGCAAACAUUUACCUUGGGAACCUUCGAUGCUUCUUUCGCUAUCGACGCGAAUAGCAAAUUAAAGUAGCGGCGGCGAAACGUCUAAAGGUGCUUAGUAUAUAUUGGAAAUGAUGUCAGUGUGCUCAUUUGCAUUUUCUUGAUAUUAGUUUUGUUAAUUGUUGUGACCAAAUUACUUUGUUAGUGAUUCUGUUUUAAUUUUACCUUACUUGGAUUCUUCUUCACAUAUGCAAUGUAAGUUGUUAUUGCUUUGGUGAUGAUUCCAAAGUUGGGCUUAGUCACACAUUUCUAUUUGGAGACAUGAAUAUGCAAUAUAAGCAGCACCGAUUUUUUAAAGAACGUGCUUAACGAUUUGUACGAAAGAUUUUUAGUUCCGUAGCAGGAGAAGCGGAAUGCCGAAUUACGGUGUUGAAAUCCAUAAAAAAUCCACAGGCUCGGAGAUUAAAAGGAGUAUAAAAAAUUAGAUAUACUAGCCAAUUAAAUUUAUAUAGAAAUCUGAACGAAUGCACCAAAAACGAAACAGUAACGGCACCAUUGACAUCACAAACGCACCUAAAGUCGGCCUAAAAUCUACCAAUUCAGGCAAUUCGAGAAUAGAAAGUUUUCUACAGGCGCUUGAAAACUAAAUAUGGCUGCCACUACCAGAAAUAAUCCUAAUGACGAAAAUGCAGAGAGCGGGGGGAGUGGUACACAGGCCAACACUAGCAAUAACAAUAACAACAAUAGUAGUUGUAAUAAUAAUAACAAUGGCGACAGUACGAGCCAUAACCAACCGGUGAUGGACGAGAUGGAGAUUAAGUUAAAACGCCAAAAUCUCGAACAGCGCAAGCAGGAGCUAGAGCGGGUACUCAGUGAAAAGAAUUGGCUGCUGCAGCAAAUACAAAAGCAAGAGACCCAAAUACUGAAUGGCAACUACGAGUAUUUGAAUGUAAAUGAAAUAUUCGCUAUGUUGACACGCCAGUACAAGAAGGAAAACGGCGGAAGUAGAGGCAGCGAUGCUGGAAGCACUGCUGUUUUAAGGAGAAAGACUAUAAGCGGUGGUUGUAAGGAGAAUCAGAUCAACCACAACAACAGUAGUAAUAACAAUCGACAGUCGGAGAUUUCAAAUCGCUCAUCGGAAUACGACAAUUACCCUGGUGGGAAUUCAAGUAUGGGUGAAUCUAAUACGACAGCGCUUAAUGCUGCCGCUGUGCAACAACACCUAACCAAGAGUCAAUCAAUGAAGAAACGAGGCACUAACACACCCGCUGCGACUUCAAUGGCCAACUACAACUAUUUGCAAGCACAGCAGAGACAGCAACAGCUGCUGCAGCAGCAGAUGCUGCAAAAUCAAAUGCAAUAUACGGCUUUGAUGCAACAUCAGCACUAUCAUCAUCAGCAACAACAGUUGCAUCAACACCAGAAGCAUGAGGAUCAGCAACAGCAAGCACAUCAGUACAAGCAGCAAAUCUCACCAUCACAGUCACAAUCAUAUUCACAAUCGCGCCACUAUCCAUCUGAUGCAAUUUCGUUGUACUCAGUCAAUUCAGCGAGUGUCGCUACUUUGCGUCAGCAACAUAUUGCCCCACAGCAACAACCGAUUGUGGUUCAAUGCGACCGCUACUAUCUAUCUCCUACGCAUCAGAGCUACAAUGGCGGUGGUUUUAUCAAGUCCAGUCAAAAUAUUAAAAAAUAUGUUUCGCCACAAGUAUCGCCGACACAUCACGGAGUGGCAACAACACAAACUCUAAAGCAUUCACAUCCUUUCCAACAAGAUUUGCUCAUACCAGCCGCAGUUACAGCAGAACAAAAGUAUAUGCAUCACCAGCAACUACCGCUACAACAACAACAGUUUCUGACACUGCAACAACUACAACCUCAGAUUUUGCUACAUCAGCCGCAGCAUGCUUCUAGCAGGCAGUUAGAUGCCAUCUCCUUGGCGCCUUCUUACAUUUCUGUUGACGUAGAGAGCGCAGCAGCGCACAAUCCACACUGGCGUUCGCAAAGCAAUCUGCCACCCAUCUCGCCACAAACACCACCACACAAGGGACUUGCAUAUAAUCAAAAUCAAAUUACGGCGGACACCAAGUCCCAUUCAAGUGAUAUGUUGUCAAGUAAUGCGUACUAUAAUACAUCUGUUGCCUUGCCAGCGGCAUCUGUGAAGUCCCUGACCAAACCUCUGGACGAAAUUUCCAUUUCAUCGUUGAAUAGCGAAACACAAAAGUCGAAACUACCGAAACCCAAACAAUGGAUGGAGUCGUCUUUAGAUGGUCCUGUAAUACGUCAGACGCCAACAACGGGCGGAAGUGCUGCGCAUGCGCAAGACUUAUUCUACAACACAUCUAACUCAUCAAGGCCGUCAGCAAAUAAAACACAAAUCGGUGUCUCCACUUUAGGUGGAGGGGGUGCUAGCGCCGGUGGGCCGCGUGAACGUACAAAACUCUCAUCUCAAUCAAUGUCCGGCGCCCCACGUCAUUACUCUAUGUCCGCAGCCUCACAUAAACACCCAUAUUCCCAGAAGUUGCUACAGGAUGACGACGGACGCUACGCCAAGCUAAGCCAGUCCACAUCUUAUCUCAAUAGCAGAGAGUCACCUUCAAUAUCGGCUGCAUAUCCACUGGACGGAAGCAUGAACAGCACCACUAUCGAACUACCGGCGCCGACAACGGUAUUCAAAUACUUGCCGCCGAAGCCCAGCACUGUCGCCAACACUGCUUCGCAGUUAACACCGCCACCACCGCCGCGGCCACCACCGAUUGGUGAGAAAGCCAUCGGUGUUGUAGUUACUGGAGUUGCGACAAUGCCAAGUGCUUUAUCCCCAAAUGAUAUACGCAUUGAAUCGCCGAAAAAUAUAACAGUCGUAAAACCGGCUACCUUCCGCCCAUAUCAAGAGGAGACCAAACCGUUUGAAAUGUCUGACUUUUAUAAAUAUUCCACAAAGUUUAGGCAGAAAGAGCCAUCUGCUUCAAAUGCAGAACAUUAGAGAAGAUUAGUGAAUGUGGAGCAUAUCACAAAUAUUCAAGCAUCACAUUUUAUAUGACUUCACAUAUUAGAUUACUUAAAGCAAUCAGUUUAGUUAGAAAAUUUUAAUGGAAAUUCAAUCCGGAAUAAAAAAACCAUAUAUACUUGACAACUUUUAGGUAAAGUAAUUAACUUUUUUAGAAGCAUAUAUAUAUAUAUAUAUGUAUAUAUACAUAU